GCGGCUCCCCGGCAGCGCGCGGAGCGGGCGGGCUCUCCCACACGAGCGCUUCCUCGCCGAGAGGCUGGAGCCGCGCAGCGCAGGCCUGGGCCGCCGAGUCUCCGCCGCCCGCGUCGGUCUGAGCCCGGGCUCGGGGCCGCUCGCCCGCCGCCGCGCCUCAGGAAAAGUGAUGCUGAGGAUCUUAGAGUCUUAAGGACAUGGCUCAGAGAAAAUCCUGAACUUGGAUCAUGUCAGGUUACUAAGUCCAUCCUACUCUUAGAGGAAGAAAAGAUUAUAUAAAUGUGUGAAUACUGGGUAAAUCGUGAGGGACAUCUUUGAAGUUUGCCACCCAGUCUUCAGGUGGACACUGAUGUUUUAUGACCACAUAUGAGUAAUUAAUAACCACUUACUGGAAGCCUGUAGUGCUGCUUCCUUAGUGGAGGAAUUUAACAAGAAGAAACUGAAGUUUUGAUUCAAAUAGUUUUUGAAUUGAAGCCAGAAUGUGCUAGGAUUUUGAUUCUUUCAUUUGAUUAAGGGAUGGUCUGAAUAUGCGUUGUCUGGCGGCUCGCAUCAGCUAUAGGACUUUGAUUGUCAUCUGUGCGCUCUUCGCUUUGGUCACAGUCCUUUUGUGGAAUAAGUGUUCGAGCGACAGAGCAAUCCAGUUUCCGCGGCACUUGAGCGGUGGACUCGGAGUGGAUGGGUUAGAAAAAAGAACAGCAGCAUCCCAAAGUAACCACUAUGCCUUCCACGUGCCCAAGCAGCAGUCGGAGGAGGCGUUUCCUCAGGAGCAACAGAAGGCACCCCCUGUCGUUGGGGGCUUCAACAGCAACGGAGGAAGCAAAGUGUUAGGUCUCAAAUAUGAGGAGAUUGACUGUCUCAUAAAUGAUGAACAUACAAUUAAAGGGAGACGAGAGGGAAAUGAAGUUUUUCUCCCAUUCACUUGGGUAGAAAAAUACUUUGAUGUUUAUGGAAAGGUGGUUCAAUAUGAUGGCUAUGAUCGAUUUGAAUUCUCUCAUAGCUAUUCCAAAGUCUAUGCACAGAGAGCCCCUUACCAUCCUGAUGGUGUGUUUAUGUCCUUUGAAGGAUACAAUGUGGAAGUCCGAGACAGAGUCAAGUGUAUAAGUGGAGUUGAAGGUGUGCCAUUAUCUACACAGUGGGGACCUCAAGGCUACUUCUACCCAAUCCAGAUUGCACAGUAUGGGCUAAGUCAUUACAGCAAGAAUCUAACCGAGAAACCCCCUCACAUAGAGUUAUACGAGACAGCAGAAGACAGGGACAGAAACAUCAGACCUAAUGAAUGGACUGUGCCUAAGGGCUGCUUCAUGGCCAGUGUGGCUGAUAAGUCUAGAUUCACCAAUGUUAAACAGUUUAUUGCUCCAGAAACCAGUGAAGGUGUGUCUUUGCAGCUGGGAAACACAAAAGACUUCGUUAUUUCAUUUGACCUCAAGCUCUUAACGAAUGGGAGUGUGUCUGUGGUUCUGGAGACCACAGAAAAGAAUCAGCUCUUCACUGUGCAUUACGUCUCAAACACCCAGCUAAUCGCUUUUAAAGACAGGGACAUAUACUAUGGCAUUGGGCCCAGAACUUCGUGGAGCACAGUUACCAGAGACCUGGUCACUGACCUCAGGAAAGGAGUGGGUCUUUCUAACACAAAAGCUGUCAAGCCAACCAAAAUCAUGCCCAAAAAGGUGGUUAGGCUGAUUGCAAAAGGGAAAGGAUUCCUGGACAACAUUACCAUCUCAACCACAGCCCACAUGGCUGCAUUCUUUGCGGCUAGUGACUGGCUAGUGAGGAACCAGGAUGAGAAGGGUGGAUGGCCAAUUAUGGUGACCCGGAAGUUAGGAGAAGGCUUUAAGUCUUUAGAGCCAGGGUGGUACUCUGCUAUGGCACAAGGGCAAGCCAUCUCUACCUUAGUCAGGGCCUAUCUUCUAACAAAAGACCUUGUAUUCCUCAAUUCAGCUUUAAGGGCAACAGCCCCAUACAAGUUCCUGUCCGAGCAGCAUGGAGUUAAAGCUGUGUUCAUGAGUAAACAUGACUGGUAUGAAGAAUAUCCAACUACACCUAGCUCUUUUGUCUUAAAUGGCUUUAUGUAUUCUUUAAUUGGGCUGUAUGACCUAAAAGAAACAGCAGGGGAGAAGCUUGGCAAGGAAGCAAAGUCCUUGUAUGAGCGAGGCAUGGAAUCUCUGAAAGCCAUGCUGCCCUUGUAUGAUACCGGCUCUGGGACCAUUUAUGACCUCCGCCACUUCAUGCUGGGCAUUGCUCCCAACCUGGCCCGCUGGGACUACCACACCACCCACAUCAACCAGCUGCAGCUGCUCAGUACCAUCGAUGAGUCCCCAAUCUUCAAAGAAUUUGUGAAGAGGUGGAAAAGCUACCUUAAAGGCAGCAGGGCAAAGCACAACUAGAGCUCGAAACCAAAAGUGCAUUCCAGCCUCUUCUGAACUCAAGGGCUGAGCUCUGUGUCAGCAGCAGAGCUCAGCAGCGCGUCGCACAUUUUAAAAUAGCUUGUGUUCUGGGUUUGUGGGUCAUAGCAACGUGAGAAGAAACCCUUAAAGUUAGUCUUCUGAAACAAUUGCAUUCCGUGGGUCAGGUGCUUAGAAAUGUAGGCGCGGAAAGUGUUCAGUCAGUACGCUGAACAAAGGUGUGAUUCGGCCUCCAUGCAGAGUUGCUCUGGGUCUGUGCGAGAUGAUGGUAAGGUGCUGCUGCUAGCCUGCUGCCGAGCACUUACCUCCGACUUCGAGUGGAGUGCUUUUAGAAUGUGAUUAUUUAUAUUUAUAUGAAAGCAGGCUUUUAGAGAACUGUGCGCGCAGCCUGGAUCGUGAACCGUGUUUUUAAAAACUGUUUCCUUCCCGUAGAUUGAUUCCUGGGAGGGAGUAAGCAUUGGUUGCAUUUUUGUUCAAUUGUAUAUGAAAACUAUUUCGAAUUAUGGUUUUCUUGAACUGUGUAUAUUUAAGCAUAGCCUGUGUUCAGGUUUCAUGGUCACAUAACAUAAGCACAACUGAAAUGAAACUUGCUGACUGCACAAGAAAUUACAGACAUGCUAUGUUUAUAAACUCGAUCUACAAUCAGUAAGAAAUUACAGACACGCUAUGUUUAUGAAACUCGAUCUACAAUCAGUAAGUGUGAUAAUCGUCUUCCCCACCUCUCUUCCCAAUGCACUGCGUCUCUGUCACUAUCUAUAAUGUUGCAUUUCAUUUCCGGGAUACUUCAGUAAUUUUGUCCACUUAGAGGACAUUACCUAGAAUAUUACUUAUAAGCUUAAAUUUGUGACAGACCUAAUCAUGAUUUGAAGCUGAUCACCAGUUCCUUUUAGGACGUUUCUCCCUUAAAAGAAAAUUGCCAGGUUAAAUGUUACAUUUAGGAGUCAAAGUAAAGUUCUUCCUGCCCAGAUUGUCACCAUCACUUUUCAUAUCGUUGCACACUGUUUCUCAGCAGCGUGAUUUUGAAUGACUCACGCGUUGAAAUAGAAAAGGUACUGCUGUCUGUUGGUGUGUGCCGUCACAUCUGUAAGUGGGUGUCAGAGUCCUCAUGCCAUGGGCAGUGUCUCUAGGGCUUCAGGCAUUUGGUAAAAGCAACAGGGAUAGGUUUUGCUCUGGUUUUUGUUUAAGGUGUGAUAAAAUGGAGACAGAUAGGUAAUGUGAGCCUCACACAAUUUCUAGGGACAAACAACGGAGAUUACUCAUGCUGUCUUGUCAGAGGCACAUUUAAGAGCCAGGUGGAUGAUCUGCCUACACAUUGUACUUCCGUUGAAUUCGGCUACCAAAUACUGCUGAAACAGGAAUAUAUAAAUAAUGCAUAUAUACACAUACAUAUGUAAAAACAUAUCAGCAUCAAAGGAGACAGGAAAGAAGAUCUCUACUGAAGACAAUAUUAAGCUGUUGAAAAAUAAGCCUAGACUCCCAGUUUAUAUGCCCACACCUUAAUUUUGUCCACAGUGAAACCAGUGAGGUCAUUAGGUUCCUCAGCUUUUACUACUGCUGUGGUUCUCACACACUAGAUGUUUCAGCAACAUCCGAACAUGCACAUUUUGUCUCAGCAAUAAAAAUGAGGACUCCCUUUUUACUUUCAGUACCUAUGUUCAAAACAGGCCUGCCCACCUGGGAACAGUGUUCGCUCUAUCAGAUUUGUUGCUGGAGUGGCCCCGGCUUCUGCUCUCUGUUCGCAUGUAGGUCUUCAGAUGAGAGGAGUCAGUGAAAUCAUCCCGGUACUGCUUUUGUGACAAACACCAGUGCCUUACCCAUGUGGUUGUCCUUUUCUACUGAAGAGGGAAGGUUUUUGUUUUUUUGUUUUUUUGUUUUUUUUUUUUGGAUGUAGAAAUAACAGUUCACUGCUGUUGCUUUUCCACUGCCUUCCACAUUGUAACAGCUACUUGUCUUGAGAUGCCAGAAUUCCCUAAGAGGUCACAUGGAGCCUAUGACAGUGACAGCACUGUUCGUGCUUGGCUUGUCAGACUUGAGGAUGCUUCUGUGACACUUGGGGGUUCACAAAAGUGAGACUGUAGGUGUGCAGAAAGUCUGCCUCUGAAGUGGGAUCCAUAGCAUGCUUAACAGGUAGGCGAUGCUGCUUUGGGGGAGCUGGGUGUAUGUGGAGGAGCACUGCCCGGGACCCAUGACAACAUUACCUAGGUUUUUAAAUCGUGUAAAUGUUUACUUAUCCUGAGUCUAGAGAGAAUGGGGCGGGUAUUUUAACUUUUUGUUGUGUUUCUUUAAAAUUUUUCUUCAAAGGUACUGAUUUGGUUCACUUUUCUGAGUUAGCUUCCAUAUUGAAUCUGUUGCCAUUUCAGUAGUAAAACAGCCAAAAGUUUCUAGACAAAGGGCAAGUUUGGCCCUUUAGGAGUUACUGUAUAUAACGCUUCAUUCAAGAGCACGCAGCAUCCAUGAGCAAGUGCAGAAAUGACACAAGCACUCUCCAGAUGUGGCGGGCCGCUCUCUUUGUUGGUGUACAGGCUCACCAAAAGCUGCUGGUUUUGUUCUUGUAAUUGUUUCCUCGCUUCUCCAUUGUACAUGUGGGGUAUAUGCCAUGUGUCAAAUAUGCAAUAAUGUGUUUACCGGAUGCCCCUCUGGAGGGUGGUCCUCUGUAAAGCUGUACAGCCUUUGCAGUUCAAGCACAAUGUGCACAUGUUAGUUUUCUAUACAGCGGAACUUGAUUUUUUCAAAUUGAAAGGUAUUUUGUUUCUAUAUAAAGUUUAAUGGGUUGUUUGUGCUUAAUGUAAAGCUGCUUUAUAAAAUUGUAAAAUAAAGUUUUUAUCUUGAAAAGGAA